ACAACUUUUAAGCGCAAGAGUUUAGAGUGGCAGAGUCAGUUGGAAGAAGACAGUACAGAAACAUUGACUGACUUCUAAACUACACUGGACUUUCUGGAGACCUGGUUUACGUCUCCACGCGGAAUGGAAGGCAGCAUUAGACCGCACGGCUUGGCUGGGCACAGCUCCUCUCCUCUCUCCGUCGGGGGUUUACAGAUGCCCGCUUCCCUUCUGCGCCCGCCGCCUCUCUUUCUCCGAGCUGCUGCCUGUAAACCGUCGAUGGAGAGGGGCUACCCCCGAACCCCGAAGUGCGCACGGUGCAGGAACCACGGCGUGGUGUCCGCUCUGAAAGGCCACAAGCGCUUCUGUCGUUGGAGAGACUGCGUGUGCGCAAAGUGUACCCUGAUAGCAGAGAGGCAGCGGGUGAUGGCUGCACAGGUGGCACUCAGGAGACAACAGGCGCAGGAGGAGAGCGAGGCCCGGGAGCUCCAGUUCAUGUACACCGGCUCCGGGGCGGGGGAGACCGGACUGACCAUGGCAUCUGGGGUACAGCGAUCUGGAAACACCGUGCCAAGAAUAUCUAGUUAUGAUGUUUUUGGAACUGAGGACCAAAAAGACGAUGACAAACUGACCAAGUACAACCUAAACAACGGAUUCAUGGGCCGAACGUUCUAUGCACCUCACACCGCACCACUGCCCUCUCCAUUGGGAAAGAACGAUACCUCUCCUAAUCUAGAGAAAAAACAGGCGGUCUUCGACAAGGAGAGUGGCAGUCAGACGGCUGCUUUUGACCAGCUGUCAGACCACACAGAGAGCCCACGGUCUCUGUCAUCCUCGGACCUCGAGUCGGGCAGCGAGUCCGAGCGGCCCAAGGACUACCCUUCGCUGGAGAUUACCGAGCCCAGUUGCGCGUCAAAGGACCGGGACCCCACCGAGGUCAUGACCAAGAUAUUCCCCCAUCACAAGCGGGAUACUUUGGAAUCGGUGGUGAAAACUUGCAAAGGGGACAUCGUGAAGGCUAUUCAACUAGUUCUUAGCUCCAAAGAGAAUAAAUGCAACUCGGAUAGCGUCGGUCUAUCUCUGUCUGUUCACUCAAAUGAACCAAGGCCUACUUUUGGACUUCCAGGGGUAGCGUUGGGGGCUCUGGGUACCAAGUCUGCUUUUUCCCCAUUGCAAACACCGCCAACACCUGCCGGAGGCGAAAGUAUGUACGGGCUGAGUCCUCGCUUUGGUAUUAAUCCUUUGCGCCUGGCCUACUCAACCGCAGGUGGUGGCAUACCUAAUUUCAUGUCACCGUAUGUGACGUCCGGACUGAUGCCAGUUUUCCCAUUCCGCCCGCCGCUGGACUAUUCUUUCCCGGGCAUGAUGCGAGACCUCUCCUAUCUCCAGAGUAAAGACUCCUCCCUAUGUAACACCGGCAUAUACUCUCGUAUAAAUCAGGAGAAAUAAUUUUGGUUCAAGCAACAAAACACACAUAGAUAAAAUGCCCCCCAAAAAAACAAAACAGUUGGACUAUUUAUCAAACUGCUGUGUAACUUCUUUUACAGGUUGUCUGAUUGAAAGUACUUUUGGGGAGGUGAUUAGGCAAAUAAUGUUAUCACAUAUGUCUUAAAACAUUUUCAGUGUCUUUACAAUUCCAAUAUAUUUUUUGAAACUGUACAUUUUGUAAAGUUUGUGUCUUAAAUAAAACACAUCAAAUUAAA